AUGUCUGAUUUCCACAAUACGUUACCACAUCAUGGCCAUCAUAAAACUUUAUCAACAUCAAUAUCCGAGGGUGAUGUUUUACAAGAUAAUAAUGACAAGAAUGAUGAAUUGAGUAAGAUUCAAACAUAUAAUGAUUUGAUUCAAUAUGAAGAGACAUUAUCUAAAUUAAGUUCUUCUGUGGAUAAAUAUAAACCAGAUUUACAGUACGCUUAUGAUUUAAUAGAUAUUGAUAGAAAAUUAUAUUCUACUUUAGAUUCAUUUGUCAAAUAUGAUGAAAUUUCCACUAAACUCAAAAAAUUAGAGAUUGAUACAAAAGCCUUAGAUGAAAAAACCAAAUCUGUUUUAGACUCUUUAAAUGAUUGUCAUGAAUUAUUAAAUACACUUCCAAUGUUAGAACAAGUAGAAUUUGAGAAAAAUACAAUGCUAAAACAAAGAGAAAAAAUAAAUUCAAAAGUCUUGCUGGAUUAUGCUACUAAAUUAGCCAAAUUUACUAAAAUACCACCAACAUUUAAUAAGAAUACAUUAGGGCCAAAUAAUUUUAUAUGGCCUGCAGAAGAUGCAUUAAGAAGAGGGAUGCUUGCUGUUGCAUCAGCUCAUACUGAAGAGCUAACAGCAUUACCAGGUUCUGUAGGAGAUGAAGAAAACUCAAAAGAUAUAUCACAAUUGAAUGCUGAUGAUGUAACAAAUAAAGAUAAUCAUAUGGAUAUGGAUAUUACAGUAGAAGGUCAAGAUAGAUUCAGAAGAGGCUCAUUCACAUUUGGUUCUUUAGACGCUAGUCCCAAACGCUUCGAACUUUCUAAUGAUAAUGCUGCCAACUACAAUUCCAAUAAUAAUUCAAAUUCCAAUAAUUCUCGCACCAAUGAUCCUAAUACAGGCGCUCAAAAUGGAAAGGAAGAAAAUAAUGAAGAAGAUGCAAUGGAUCUGGACUUAGAUUUAUUUGACCCAGAUGAAUUUUAA